ACGGCGCGCCGCCAUAGCCAGCGACAGGGGGCUGUGGCUUGAAUCGUGUUCGGGCAAUGGAGUGCGGCUUUCGGGGGAUCCCGUUUACUUGCCGUUCCAUUCCUUCUCCUGAAUACGUAUUCCAGGAGCAGAGGCGUAUUCUUUUGCAUGACCCACCUGUCAGCCUCUUGUACUCCGUUCACAGCCCCAGCUCAGAUCCAAGCUCCCACCAAACAAAACCACCGCUCGUCGCAGUGGCCUUCUCCCCCACGCGAGGCCAGAUCCAGCCCCUCGCCGCGGCCGGCCACCGCCAUGGCUCCCACAGUCCCUUCGGCGGCGAAGUCGGCCUCCCCCUCCCAACCUUCCGGGAAGAGCGAGGUGGCGGAUCUGAAGCAGCAGCUGCGGCAGCUGGCCGGGAGCCGCGCGCCCGACGCGGACGACCAGCGCAGGGACGUCUUCAAGCGAGUGAUCUCCUGCAUGACGGCCGGCAUCGACGUGUCGGCCGCGUUUGGGGAGAUGGUGCUCUGCUCUGCCACUUCCGACGUAGUCACCAAGAAGAUGUGCUACCUAUACGUCGGCGCCCACGCGCGCGCUCACCCGGACCUUGCCCUCCUCACCAUCAACUUCCUCCAGCGCGACUGCCGCGACCAGGACCCCACCAUCCGGGGCCUCGCGCUCCGCAGCCUCUGCUCCCUCCGCGUCCCCAACCUGGUCGAGUACCUCGUCACGCCGCUCACCACCGGGCUUAAGGACCCCAGCGCCUACGUCCGAAUGAUCGCUGCUGUUGGUUCUGCGAAGCUAUAUCACAUAUCCGCCACCGCCUGCCUUGAUGCUGACCUCCCUGCUUCGCUCAAGGCGCUCAUGCUCUCCGACCCUGACGCGCAGGUAGUUGCCAAUUGCCUGCAUGCAUUGCAGGAGAUCUGGACCCUAGAAGCUGCCAAUUCAGAGGCAGCAGCAAGGGAGAUUGAGACACUUUAUAGCAAGCCAGUGGUAUUUUACCUGCUAAACAGGAUCAAAGAGUUCAGUGAGUGGGCACAGUGCUUUGUUCUUGAGUUGGCGUCAAAGUUCCUACCCUCUGAUAAUAAUGAAAUAUUUGACAUAAUGAACUUGCUUGAGGAUAGACUUCAGCAUGCAAAUGGAGCUGUUGUUUUGGCAACAAUCAAAGUUUUUCUCCACUUGACAAUGUCGAUGACUGAUGUUCAUCAACAGGUUUAUGAGCGCAUAAAAGCACCUCUGCUAACAUUGGUUGGUGCUGGAAGUCCUGAACAAUCAUACUCUGUGCUAUGUCAUUUGCAUCUUUUGGUGACGCGUGCUCCGAUGUUAUUUUCCUCGGACUACAAAAGUUUCUACUGCCAUUUUAGCGAUCCUUCGUAUGUGAAGAAGUUGAAACUAGAGAUGUUGACUGCUAUAGCGAAUGAAAGCAACACCUAUGAAAUUGUAACUGAACUGUGUGAAUACGCUGGAAAUGUUGAUGUACCAAUUGCAAGGGAGUCUAUCCGUGCAGUGGGAAAAAUUGCACUGCAGCAGUAUGAUGUUAACGCUAUUGUGGAUAGGCUUCUACAAUUUCUUGAAAUGGACAAGGAUUAUGUGACUGCUGAAACUCUUGUCUUGGUGAAAGAUCUUCUAAGAAAAUACCCUCAAUGGAGCCAUGAUUGUAUAGCUGUUGUUGGAAAUAUUAGUAGCAAAAAUAUUCAGGAGCCAAAAGGCAAAGCAGCUCUCAUAUGGAUGUUAGGAGAAUAUUCACAAGACAUGCAUGAUGCUCCGUAUGUUCUUGAAAGUCUUGUUGAAAAUUGGGAUGAAGAGCACUCUCCUGAGGUUCGCUUGCAUCUACUAACUGCAGUGAUGAAAUGUUUCUUUAAGAGACCACCUGAGACGCAAAAGGCACUAGGAGCCACAUUAGCUGCUGGUCUAUCUGACACGCACCAGGAUGUUCAUGACCGAGCGCUUUUCUACUACAGACUUUUGCAAUAUGAUCCUGCUGUAGCAGAACAUGUAGUAAACCCUCCCAAGCAAGCUGUCUCUGUAUUUGCAGAUACACAGAGCAGUGAAAUCAAAGAUCGGAUAUUUGAUGAAUUCAACAGUAUGUCAGUUGUAUAUCAGAAGCCAUCUUACAUGUUCACAGAUAAGGAGCAUCGUGGGCCAUUUGAGUAUUCAGAAGAUCUUACAAACUUGGCUGUUGGAGCAGAGGCUCCAGAAAAUGUUAUUUCUGCACAAAGAUAUCAAGAAAAUGAUAAUGAUCUUUUGCUAAGUACUUCAGAUAAGGAGGACAAUGGUACAGGAGCCAGCAACAACUCUUCCACCUCGACAUACAAUGCUCCUUCCGACUUGAUCAGCCCUUCACUGCUAAGUUCACAAACACCAACUGAAACGGUGCUAAUAAAUGCUGGUGGACCAACAUAUUCCUCACAAUCAAACUUCAGUCUCGAUGACCUACUUGGCCUCGGUAUUUCUGAAACUCCAGCACCCCCACCACCUCCAGCCCUUACCCUCAACUCAAAGCCUGUGUUGGAUCCUGGUACGUUCCAGAGAAAAUGGGGCCGGCUGGCUUUAUCGUCAUCUCAGGAAUGUUCUUUAAGUCCACAAGGAGCGGCAUCAUUAAUGAAUCCCCAAUCACUCAUUCGUCAUAUGCAAAGCAAUUACAUUCAAUGUAUUGCUUCAGGAGGCCAGCCUCCAAACUACAAGUUCUUUUUCUAUGCUCAGAAAGAUGGGGCUACUACUUUCUUCCUCGUAGAAUGUAUCAUCAACACGGCAUCAGCAAAGGCACAACUCAAAAUUAAGGCUGAUGAUGGCGCUGCCGCUGAGGCAUUCUCUACUGUAUUUCAGUCAGUCUUGUCCAAAUUUGGCCUUUCUUGAUCCUGAGCUUUUUCUUUCUUGGUGAUGCACUGGUCCACAGUUUUUUCUGCCUUGUCCCCUGUAUGUCCACAGUAUGCUGCCUUCAGCAGUUUGAGCAAGCUUUUCCAGUUUACAUUGAAUCAAAAUAUUGGAGAAAGAGGAAAUCUGCUCUUCAACGGCUUAACAGUAUUAGCAAAUUCAGUAAGGAGGAGAACGCUGGAGUUUGUCUACUAAAAAACGCUGGUUUUUAGUGGGGGUUAUCUUAUUUGUGUCCUCAGGGCGAAGAAGUUAGCAUUUGUAUGUGAUCCAGAGGAACAACUGGUUUGUUCAGGGUUCUACUGGUUUGAUGGUGUUGGCCUAUUCUGGAGGUGAAUAUCACCUCCUUUUUUCUCAAAGGAUGUAGAAACAACAUAUGCCUUUCCUGUAUGUUAUUUUUACUUGCACAGGCAAUAAAGCUGUUCAUUCGACCA